AUGGCAUCACCAGAAAAUAAACAAAAUCAUAACCUUAUGACCAUAGUGGAAUCGGCUAUAGACACAUUACAGGAAAAAGGAUCAACUACUGGGACCAUAUAUGCCUAUCAGUUGGCAACCGAUAGAAAAUCAAAUGCCGAGGAACAAGCACACAUUAUUACUGCUAUGGAAUCAGAAGACAGUUAUGCUGUUUAUCCAGCUCCAUUAAUUAAUUCUGUUUCAGAUGAAUCAUCAGAAAUUGCAAAACCUAUCCUACCAGAUUCCAAACAGGGAGAUGUGAAACAUCAUAAAACCUCAAAUUGUGAGACAAUGAUGCAUUUAAUUAAAGGGAGUAUGGGAACAGGAAUUCUGGCCAUACCUGAAGCUUUCUCUAAUUCUGGUAUAUUGGUGGGAUCCAUAGGAAUGCUUGUCAUUGGCCUAAUCUGUAUACACUGUAUGCACAUUUUAAUAGACUGCAGUAGAACACUUUCUAAAAAGAUUGGAUGUGAGUCCUUAAGCUAUUCUAGAGUAGCACUGUAUGCCUUUAAGUAUGGACCAGGACCCCUUCCAAAAUGUGAUCGUAUUGCAGGGCUGUAUACUGCUGUAGAAUUUUCUGAUUGGUUGAAUGUCAAUCAGUCACAUUUUAUAAAUGUGUUUCUUUUGUUGUCUCAAUUUGGAAUUUGUUGUGUUUAUUACCUUUUUGUGGCAACUAACAUCCAGAAGGUGGUCUGCAGCUAUUAUAAUGUCGAUUCCAUCAGUAUUUAUGGAUAUCUUACAAUUAUCCUGCCAUUUAUGAUACUGUUCAACUUCAUCAGAAGUCUGCGCAAAUUAGCUAUAGCUUCCACAUUUGCUAAUAUUUUGCAGAGUCUGGGAAUAUGUAUUAUUUUCUACCACUUGUUUCAAGAUUUACCUCCUACCUCAUCAAGGCCUUUGACAAUGUCAUUUUCAACAUUUCCUCUGUACUUUGGGACUGUCAUCUUUUCCUUUGAAGCAAUAAACAUUGUACUUCCAUUAGAAAAUGAAAUGAAAACACCAAAAGAGAUUGAAGGUUGGACUGGAGUAUUAAACACUGGGAUGAUAAUUGUUUUAUGUAUUUGUACUGCUAUGGGAUUCUUUGGUUUCUUGAAAUUUGGCAGCUCUGUUAAAGGAAGUAUAACACUGUCUCUUCCAAUAAAACCGUUGUAUGAUGUGGUGCGUAUCUUGUUUACUGUUGCCAUUUUCUUCUCUUAUGCACUGCAAUUGUAUGUGCCUUUGCAGUUUAUUUGGCCUUAUAUCCAGAAAAAGGGGAAACUAGCCAAGAAAGUUUCACCAAACCAAGAGAAUCUACUGGAAUAUGUUUUACGAGCUAUACUUGUAGUUAUAACAUUUGGUUUGGCAGCAGCAAUUCCCAAGCUCAAUUUGUUUAUUUCAUUGAUUGGAGCCCUUGCUACCAGUAGCCUGGCAAUAAUUAUUCCACCACUACUAAAUAUCAUCAUUUACUGGGAUUCUUCUAUGACUAGUAUGAGCAUGAAAUGGUGGAUUAUAAUCAUCAUUAAAAACUUAGUGAUUAGUCUGUUUGGAUUUAUUGGUUUUAUUACUGGAACCUAUGCAAGCAUUGUUACUAUCAGGAGUGCUUUUCAGCACCCUUCUAAUACCACUGAUUGUUAA